AUGCAAGUUCAGAAGGUGGACGACAUCCACGAGGACUUGGUGUCAACAUCAUUGAUUGAACGAUUGUCCAAACAUCAAGGCGUUAAGUGUACAAUCAAUGUGGAGCAAUUCAAAGUGGAUGGAACUUUGACGAAUGAUCGAACACUCAAAGCCAAGUUGUGGUCAGCUAUUGAGAACAAUAACUUGGAGGCAGCAAAACACAUCCUGUCACAUUGCAAGGAUCUUUGUAUAACCACGUUUGUAACGCCGAUCGAUUCCCAUAUCUACAACAUCUGGCACCACAUGUCACCCGAGAUGGGCAUGCUGAUCGCCACACAUCCUGGCCAACCAAAGCCACUGAAGCUCAGCGCCAAAGACAUGAUUAACAUGAUGUUGGCCAUUUGGAGGCCGGGCACACGCAUGAACGAGGAGGUGGCCACUGCAUUCGUCACCAACGGCUACUUUGACCUGUCGUCACCGUCUGAUGAGCACAAACAAGCCAAGUCGAUCUCGGCUGGCGUGUCAUAG